AUGCGUUCUUCCACUGCUAUCACGGCGUUGGCUGUCGGUGCCAGCACCGUAGCUGCUGCUGCCACGAAGCGUGCCGUUCAGACCGUCUCUGUCAAGGGCAAUGCUUUCUUCGCCGGUAACGACCGCUUCUACAUCCGAGGUGUCGACUACCAGCCCGGUGGCUCCUCAGAUGUCGCCGAUCCCAUCGCCGAUGCCGACUCCUGCAAGCGAGACAUUGCAGAGUUUCAAAAGUUGGGCCUCAACACCAUCCGUGUCUACACUGUCGACAACACAGCCGACCACGAUGAGUGCAUGAAUGCAUUGGCAGAUGCUGGCAUCUACCUGGUGCUCGAUGUCAACACCCCAAAGUACUCACUCAACCGAGCUGACCCCAACCCAUCCUACAACGAUGUCUACUUGCAGAGCGUCUUUGCCACAGUUGACGCCUUUGCAAAGUACGACAACACACUCGCUUUCUUCUCCGCCAACGAGGUCAUCAACGACGCCAAGACCUCAUCCGUGGCUCCCUAUGUCAAGGCCGUAACUCGUGAUAUUCGUCAAUACAUCAACAACCGCGGCUAUCGAAUCAUCCCUGUCGGCUACUCUGCAGCCGAUGUCUCCGAGAACCGUCUCGAGAUGGCCGAGUACAUGAACUGCGGCACCGACGAUGAGCGUUCCGACUUCUUUGCUUUCAACGACUACUCCUGGUGCGACCCGUCCUCCUUCACCACAUCUGGAUGGGAUCAGAAGGUCAAAAACUUUACUGGAUACGGCCUCCCUCUUUUCCUCUCCGAGUACGGCUGCAACACCAAUCAACGCAAGUUCGAGGAAGUCAGUGCACUAUACAACACCGAGAUGACUGGCGUCUACUCUGGUGGUCUCGUCUACGAGUACUCCCAAGAGCCCAACAAGUAUGGCCUCGUGGAAAUCAGCGGCAACUCCGUCACCGAAUUGGACGACUUCACCGCUCUGCAGAGCGCGUUCAAGAACACCCCUAAUCCAAGUGGUGAUGGCGGCUACAACCAGACUGGUGGCGCUUCCGGCUGCCCGGCAUACAACCCGCCCAACUGGGACGUCCAGGACGACUCCCUGCCUGCCAUCCCGCAAGGUGCAGUGAAGUACAUGAGCAGCGGUGCAGGCCAAGGCCCCGGUCUUUCGGGAGCUGGCUCACAAAAUGCCGGCGGCGCAAGCUCUGGAACCGCUACAGCUGGCAGUGGCCAGCCGACCAGGACGGGCACCAGUGGAGGUACCAACACGGCUAGCGGUAGCGCAACGAGCAGUGGUGCUGCGUCGACGCUGAAGGUCUCGCAUGAGUUGGCUCUGGCGCCAUUUGUUUGUGCGGCAGUUGUGCUUGUGUCUUCGGUGUUCGGCGCUGCGUUGCUGUGA